AUGGCGAGUGCAUUAAAAGUUAAAUGUGGUAAUGCUAAAGGUCGUUUAACUCGGGCGGCAGCAUUUGUAGAGACAAUUGAUGAAUCUACACCGAUAGAAAUGCUGGAAAUUCGGUUAGGAAAAUUAGAAACCGCGUGGACAGAAUUUUCUGCACUUCAUAAUGAGAUUCUUCAGCAAUCAGAAGAAACAGAAGUCGAUGAAAUGGAAAAUGAGUUUUCGGCAUACGAAACAAAAUAUUUUGUAACGAAUUCUCAAAUUGUCAAAGCUAUUCGCGAAAAAGUUAAUUCCGAUGGAAUUUCUGCUAAAACAUCUGACGCUAUAGAUCGUUUAGCUGAUCAGCAAUCGAUAUUUCUAGAAAAACUAGGUUCGGCUCCGUUGUCUGCCAAUGAUUCGAAUACUACAAAACUUCCUUCGAUAAUUGUGCCACCAUUUAGCGGCAGCUAUAAGGAUUGGCCUUCCUUUAGGGAUCUUUUCUUGGGGUCAGUUGAUACGAGGAAAAAUCUUAGUCCAACUCAUAAAUUUCAUUAUUUGAAAUCCUAUUUGCGCGGUGAUGCAGCUAAUCUAAUAAAACACAUUGCAAUUAGUGAUACAAAUUAUCCCGAAGCAUGGGAUCGCUUAGAAAAACGUUAUGAUCGGUGUCAAUUAAUCGUACAAUCAUUUAUAGAAACCUUUUUGUCGCUUCCUUCUGCCAGUGUCUCUAAUGUACAAACAUUAAGAAAAAUAUCUGACGGUGCCGAUGAAGUUGUGCGUGGGCUAAGUGCUUUGAACAAAUCGGGCCGCGACCCAUGGCUUAUUUAUUUGUUAUUAAACAAAUUGGAUUCCGAUUCAAAACAAUCUUGGGCAGAACAUAUCGGAUCUCGGGAAGAUUGCACAAUAAUAGAAUUUUUAGAAUUCUUAGAAGAGCGGUGUGAUGCUCUUGAAGCAUGCCAAUCUCUUAACAAUCGUUCGGUAACAUCGCGUACAAAGCUAUCGAAUAGCAUUCGGGCACAUUUAGCUGGGCCUUCAGAUUCAGCUUCAACAUCUAAAUGCCCAAUGUGUCAAGACAGUCAUAUCCUUCCACAGUGCUCCAAAUUCGUCGGGUUAGACGUUGAAUCUCGCCGAAACUUUGCAAAGACAAAUCGUUUAUGUUUCAAUUGUCUUCGUGCUGGGCAUUCGUCGAAAAAUUGCCAUUCAUCGUUUCGUUGUAGGGUGUGCAAAUCACGCCAUCAUUCGCUAGUGCACCCAGUUGAAAUCAAUAAUUCAAAGUCAUCUUCUGUAUCUUCUAAUCAGCUUCAAUUACCGUUGUCAAAUCUCGCUACAUCUAAUAUACCGGUCAUUAAUAAUCAUUCGCUUGAUCUUAGCUGUCGGAAGAAAACUCUUCUACCAACCAUCUGGGCUAAAAUUGAAGACGUUCAAGGAAAAUUUAUAGACUGUCGGGUGCUCCUUGAUUCCGGGUCACAGUCUUCAUUUAUUGUUGAAUCUUUUGUUCAAAGACUCGGUGUUCAACGAACUCAUUCGAAAAUUCCUAUCCUCGGUUUAUCAUCGACAGAGAUAGGAUAUACCAAAGGUCGCAUAUCCUUAAAUAUUCAUUCUCGUUGCAACUCGUCACAUCUGUUCGUUGAUGCCUUUAUUCUCGACAAAUUGACUUCCAAUUUACCAUCUAAAUCCAUUGACGUUUCAUCUUGGUCUUAUAUUUCAAAUCUUGAACUCGCUGAUCCAAACUUUAACAUCGCUGCUCCUAUCGAUAUUCUUCUUGGUGGUGAUAAGCUUUGGACCAUUAUUAAAGGUGGACAAAUUCGAGGUCCUGAUGGAUAUCCAAUCGCCCAAAGUACUUCGUUUGGGUGGGUCAUUACGGGACAAUUCUUCGAACGAGAAGAAUCAAAUCAUUUUCUCUCGUGUCAUUCUACUAUCGACAUAGAUAACUCGAUGCAACGGCUCUGGGAACUUGAGGAAGUUGCUCCAGCAAUUCAUUCAAUUGUGGUCGACCAAGCAGAAGAACACUUCCGCCAGACAUUUUCUCGUUCUCCAGAUUUGAAGUAUGUAGUUCAGCUUCCAUUUAAAACACCAAAUCCGUCGUUCGAAAAUACUCUUUCACUCGCUGUUUCUCGUCUUCAUGCAAUGGAACGUCGUUUUAAUCAAAAUCCAAAAUUGCGAGAGUUGUAUUCUAAUUUUAUGCGAGAAUACAUUGACUUAGGUCAUAUGACUCGAAUUCCUAACGAUGAAAUUAAGGUCUCUAGUGGCAGGUGUUUUUAUCUGCCUCAUCAUGCGGUCUUGAAACCGGACAGCUCGUCCACAAAAUUGCGUGUCGUUUUCGAUGGCUCAGCUAAAGACUCAGCAGGAAAAUCCUUGAACAGUACACUGUUAGUAGGCCCUCCGAUUCAACGUGAUCUGAUAGGUGUGUGUUUACGCUUUCGACGACAUCCUUUCGUGUUCACGGCGGACGUAGUUAAAAUGUUUCGCCAAAUUUGGAUAGAGGAUCCCCACGCUGAUUACCAACGGAUUGUUUGGCGCGAUUCUCCUUCCAAAGAAAUAGAACACUAUCGAUUACAUACCGUUACAUACGGUACAGCACCAGCUCCGUUUUUGUCCGUUCGCGUAUUAAAACAGCUUGCAGAAGAUUACCGAUCCGAGUAUCCAAAUGCAGCCCGUGUUCUUUUGGAAGAUGUUUAUGUUGACGACGUGAUGACAGGGGCAAAAUCUACCAAGGAACUCAUCGAAUUGCAGUCGGAAUUAGUUGCUCUUCUAUCAAUGGCCAAACUUCAGCUGCGAAAAUGGAGUUCUAACAGUUGGUCACUUCUUGCUUCUCUUCCAAAGGAAGAUUGUGAGUACGCUUUCUUUGAUACAGAACGCUCAAAAUCGUUUGUUAAGGUGCUUGGUAUGCAUUGGAACCCUUCAAGUGAUGAAUAUGCUUUUCGUAUGUCAAAAGUACUUCCAACCAUUUCACUUACCAGGCGUUCAUUGUUGUCAGAAGUGUCGCGGAUAUUUGACCCAUUGGGACUGUUAGCGCCUUCAGUCGUGCUUUUCAAAAUCCUCUUUCAGGAACUCUGGUCUUCAGACUUAAAACUAGGAUGGGACGACCAGCUACCUCUGGGAUUAGCUGACCGAUGGGCAAGGUACAGAGAGGAGCUUCCUUGUUUUGAGCAAAUUAGAAUCCCGAGAAACUUGUUCCAAUCUUCGUUCAACGACAUAGAGCUUCACGGGUUUUGUGAUGCAUCAUCACGUGCGUACGGUGCUGUUUUAUAUACCCGGUGUAAAAUUGCUGAAGGUGUGUACAAAAUAACCAUAAUUGCAGCAAAAACAAAGGUCGCUCCACUGAAGCCGAUUUCAAUCCCCCGUUUGGAGCUAUGUGGGGCCUUGCUAUUAGUUCGCCUGAUCAACCUAAUCAAAACAUCGCUUUCGUACAAAUUUUCAAAAACUGUGGCUUGGUGCGACUCUGAAAUAGUGUUGCACUGGCUCUCUUCACCUCCUCGUCGCUGGGUUACCUUUGUCGCCAACAGAACCGCUGCUAUACUGGAAGUUACACCAAGGAGUUGCUGGCGCCAUAUAUCAUCAGAGUCAAAUCCAGCAGAUUGUUCGUCGCGCGGUGUUACUCCGUCGAAUCUCCCGAACCAUCACCUCUGGUGGACUGGUCCAUCAUGGUUGUGUCUGGAGGAGAAUGCAUGGCCUAAACCCAAAUUCGUAACCUUACAACAAGAAAAUAACGAAAUUUUACUCGAACAAAGACUAUCUCCGCAUCAAGUGCUCCAAACUUCAGUGAAAAAUUUUGAUGUCAUUGAUCAUAUAAUCAGUAAGACCUCGUCAUGGUUUCGAAUGCAAAGAAUACUCGCGUACGUCAUUCGCUUCAUAUUCAACUAUUUAAGUAAAAAUUCAAAACGUCAGCGUCGUACCUCGUACUUAACUGUAAAAGAAAUUCAUAUCGCCAAAACAACCAUAAUUAAAUCGGUCCAACUAACAUCAUUCAGUGAAGAUAUUCGUACUUUAAUAGUCAAAAAAGAACUACCCUUAAAAUCCAAACUUCUAAAAUACGCCCCUUUCCUUGACAACAAAGGUCUUCUAAGAGUAGGAGGAAGAAUUAAAAAUUCUUACAUAUCUUUUAAUAUAAAACAUCCUUAUAUUCUGCCAAAUAAUAGAUUUUCCUCUCUCAUUAUAGAAGAUAUCCACAAAAAUAAUCUUCAUCCAGGAGUUUCCGCAACAUUUGCCAUCGUAAGGCAGCAGUUUUGGAUUUUGGGAUGUCGAAAUUCAAUCCGCAAGAUUGUUUUCAACUGCAAAAGAUGCUUCAAACUUCGGAAAAGUACUACUUCGCAACUAAUGGGUGAUUUGCCAUCACAAAGGAUCUCGCAAAGUCGUCCCUUUUCGAAUACUGGGUGCGAUUAUGCAGGGCCAUUCAACAUAAAAUUGUCCAAAGGUCGUAAUCCAAAGACGUCAAAAGCAUACAUAUGCCUAUUUGUGUGUAUGGCCACUAAAGCCAUCCACCUCGAGCUAGUGAGUGACCUUACUUCCGAAGCGUUUCUUGCCGCAUUUCGUCGAUUUGUGUCUCGUCGUGGAUUAUGUUCGAACGUUUACUCGGACAAUGGAACCAACUUCCAAGGCGCACGUCGGUGUCUCAACGAGAUGCAUAAGUUGGUGUUAUCAGAAGCGUAUAACGAAGAGGUUGCAACGUCACUUGCUAAGGACAGCAUCGCAUGGCACUUCAUCCCCCCAUCGUCACCACACUUUGGCGGUCUUUGGGAGGCAGGUGUCAAGUCCGUCAAAUUUCACCUUCGACGAGUAGUCGGAGCAACGAUUCUUACAUUUGAAGAAAUGUACACCGUUCUCACUCAGAUCGAAGCUAUUCUGAAUUCUCGUCCUCUUUGUGUUAUAUCCGAUCAAGAUUUAAACCCUCUAACCCCCGCUCAUUUUAUUAUAGGUGAACCGUUUACUGCUGUCCCGGAGCCUACCACUUUAAACACGCCACUAAAUCGACUCUCACAUUGGAAUCACCUACAAAAUAUGGUCCAAGGUUUUUGGAAACGGUGGCACAUGGAGUAUAUCACCACACUUCAAGAACGGCCAAAGUGGAAGCAGCAGAGUCCAAACCUAAAACCAGGGGACCUUGUUAUUAUAAAGGAACCAAAUCUUCCCCCAACAAAGUGGCUACUUGGCAAAAUCACAGCAACAACUCAAGGUACAGAUGGUCGAGUACGAGUUGCAACUGUAAAACCGAGUGGUGGAACCUUUGUUCGUGCAAUCACCAAGCUGGCAGUUGUACCCAUGUCCUGA